AUGACUUUUAAUGUGAAGGAUAGAGUUUGGAAGAAGAUUAAUUCUUGGAGAGGGAGGCCUCUUUCUCGGGCGGGUAAAGAGGUGAUGAUAAAGUCGGUGCUUCAGUCGAUUCCUUCGUAUAUCAUGAGUUUGUUUAUUCUCCCUGAUGGUAUUGUUUCGGAUAUUGAGAAGAUGCUUAACUCUUUUUGGUGGGGUGGUGGAACCAAUCAUAACUGUAUUCGUUGGAUGGCUUGGGAUAAACUUACAGGUACAAAGAAUGAAGGCGGACUUGGUUUCAGGGACCUAAAAUCUUUUAACUUGGCUAUGGUGGCUAAACGGGGUUGGCUUCUUUUAUCCAAGCCCCAUUCUUUGGUCUCCAUAAUCUUUAAAGCUAAGUAUUUUCCUAAUUCAACGUUCUUUGAAGCAAGUUUGGGUAACAAUCCUAGCUUUGUGUGGCGUAGUGUUUGGCAAGCUAGGUCUCUUUUGUCUCUGGGAUGUAGGUGGAGUAUUGGGGAUGGUAGGAACAUUCCGGUGAUGGGGUCUCUGUGGCUUAGGGGUAGUAGAGAGGGAAUGCUGAUUGGCCCGCAAACACAAGGUGUGUAUGCCAUGUCUGUUCAUGAGCUCCUAUCUCCCAAUGGUAAAUUAUGGAAUGCUGGGUUAAUCAGUGAGAUGUUUGGGGCCGAUGAGGCGAAGAUUAUUCUUCAAGUUCCUUUAGUUGAUGAGGUGCAGGAAGAUAAAUGGAUUUGGGGAGAGGAGCAAAAUGGGGAAUACAAUGUGAGGACGGGUUAUCGGGUGUGGAGGAGGGAGUCCUCUCGGUCGGUGGGUGUAGGAGUUACGGGGAAUUAG